AGUGAAUAGGCUGCUGCUUCUGUGACCUAAGGGAGCCAAAGAUAAGCUGAAAAGAACCUCGACCCAGACUGUUGAAUCUUUUCUCAACUGACUACCCUUUUUACACAUUUAGUGGAGUGGGGCAGGAAGAGCAGUGAUACUUCUCCCCUAGGUCUGUCAUCCUAGAGAUUUUCUCAGCCUGGGUCAGGGCUCAAGCAUUACCGAACUCUGAAUUAUCUGAAUUGUGAAUGGACCUGUGAAGCUUCUGAGAUCCCUUCCCUAAGCAAAUGGCCAAGGGGCUAUUGGUAACCUAUGCUCUUUGGGCAACAGGGGGCCCUGUUGGGCUCCAUCAUCUAUACCUGGGGCGUGAUAGCCAUGCCUUGUUAUGGAUGCUUACUUUGGGAGGAGGUGGGUUGGGUUGGCUCUUGGAGUUCUGGAAACUCCCCAGCUUUGUGGCACAAGCCAAUCAAGCCCGGGAGCAAAGGAGGAACCAUGAAGAACUCAUACCCAGUCUAAGUCCAUUGCGCUUUGUUGCCCAGAUCCUGGUGGGCAUCUAUUUUGGCUUUGUGGCCUUGAUUAGCCUGUCAUUCAUGACCAGCUUCUACGUGGUAGGUCUUCCAUUAGCUGUUGGUUUAGGGGUAUUGUUAGUGGCCACUGUGGGCAACCAGACUUCAGACUUUAAGAGUACUUUAGGGGCAGCAUUUUUUACCUCUCCUCUUUUCUAUGGCCGCCCCAUAGCCAUUCUGCCCAUUAGCUUGACUGCCAGCAUCACAGCACAGAGACACCGCCGCUACAAAGCCCCUUUGGGGGCUGAGACUCUCACUCUUCGGCUCUACCGCCUGGGACUUGCUUACCUGGCUUUCACGGGCCCUGUAGCCUACAGCAUCUUCUGCAACGUGGCUGCCACUCUCCAAUGUGUAACAGAGGUCCUUGGCUCCUUCUUGUAUUGGUUCACCUUCUUCCCUGUCUUCAGCCACAUCGUGGAGUCUAUCCUUAUCCUACCUUACCAGGUCUGGCUUCUGGUGGGGAAUCCUGGUUUCGUCAGUGUCUCCUUUCAGGAGUGGGAGAAGCUGUUCGAGUUUGUCAGAAGCUUUCAGGAUGAGAAACAGCAGCUAGCUUACCAAGUUUUGGGCCUUAGUGAUGGGGCAACAUCUGAUGAAAUCAACCGGAGCUAUCGGGAAUUAGUGAAGAUUUGGCACCCAGAUCACAACAGGCACCAAGUGGAGGAAGCUCAAAGACACUUCUUAGAGAUCCAGACUGCUUAUGAAAUCCUCAGUAGGUCUAGGAAGUCCAGAGACUACUGACAAGUUGGAAAAGCAAGGCAGUGAGAAAAACAGGAUUUGAAUCUGAAGUAUUGUGAUAUUUUACUAUCAUGAAUCAAAAUCAGAAGAGACAUGGAUUUAAAUCCUGCCCCCAUACUUAGUAGCUCUUCUUAACAGGGGUUGAAAUUUGUUGUUGAGUGACAAGUAUUCCUUCUUAGACCAGAGAGAAAUUUGGAUUCUUUCUGAGCCAGAAGUCAGAUUUGAGUCAGACAUGGAAAUUUUUAAAGAGACACACAUGGUCUGUGAGAGUGGACUGAGGAGUGGAGACCACAAGAGCUGAGGAGGAGCAGUAGCAGUGGGGAAGAAGAUGUUCCCAGCCCCACCCAGGACUGAAGAAAUUGGGGGGGAAAGAAUUGGUGAUAUAAGAGCCAUAGGUCAAACAAGAAAAUGAAAGGAGAGCUGAGCUGUGGUGGAUCUGCAGGCAUCUGAAACAGAAAACUCAGAUUGAAGCUGCUGGUUCUAAUCAUCCCUUAGAAGAUUGGGGGAAGUUCCAAAGAGUCUCCUCUUUCCACUAUUUCCCCUUCCCUGUGCCUGACCAGGAAUAGGCAUUAAUAAAACAUUCUGUUUCUCUUUCCUGUAUCUUGAUUUUUUCCCUUAAAUUUAAAGAAACAAAUAGCUGGAAAUGCAUACAAUUUAAAGUAGGGCAGGGUCAAAGCUCCCUCUGAAUGCCAGAGAUUUUCCUAACUGGGGGCUAUGAGCUAAUGUGAUUGUAUUAACAACUUUU